CAAAUUAUUUGUUGGAGAUAAAAACAGUGCUGGUUUAGUAAAAUACAUUUCAGGCACCAUCUUAUGCUUUCAUAUGUAAUUCAUACUUUUACGUUUUCUUAUCAGAAGAUAAAGGACAUGUGGAGGCUAAUCUGCAACCUAUGUGUCUUGUCUCAGUCAUAACUGUUAAAAUUGUGUUUUUUUAAUAUGUUUCAUGUGCCACACGAAAGAAAAAAACACACUGUAUUGGGUGACCACUCAGAGAUCUUGAAACCGGUAUUAACGUACACUUUGACCAGGCACGUGAUCAAGCUAGCAGCUGCACGGGAACGAGUCUCAUUUCAAAGCCACCUUUGCAUCCACAUUGCAACUAGUUUGAAACAACAACAACAAAAUGAAGUUUCUGAAACUCUUUGGACGUGCUAAAUCUGUGGUUAUUGGAAUGAUUCAUGUUCAAGCCUUGCCAGGCACACCUUUAGGAAGCAUGGUCAUUCCUCAAAUUAUCGAGGAGGCAUGCCACGAGGCAGAAAUCUAUCACAACGCGGGAAUUGAUGGGCUGAUCAUUGAGAACAUGCAUGACAUUCCAUACACAUUCUCAGUUGGACCAGAGGUGUGUGCCUCUAUGACAGCGGUGUGUGCUGCGGUGAGGGGGAUCUGUCCGCUUCUGCCUCUUGGAGUUCAGAUCCUGUCUGCAGCAAACAUCUCAGCUGUUGCUGUUGCACUGGCUUCAGGUAUGGAUUUUAUCAGGGCAGAGGGAUAUGUCUUCUCACAUGUUGCUGAUGAAGGCCUUUUGAAUGGAUGUGCCGGAGACCUUUUGCGAUACCGCAAGCAAAUGCAGGCUGAACAUGUGCAGAUCUUUACUGAUAUAAAAAAGAAGCACAGCUCCCAUGCCCUGACUUCAGAUGUGAGCAUAGUGGAGACGGCCAGAGCAGCUGAGUUUUUCCUUUCUGAUGGUCUCAUCAUCACUGGAACAGCCACAGGGGUUCAGGCAGAUCCAAUGGAGCUCAGAGAUGUUGCAGGGUCUGUAAGACUCCCAGUUCUUAUUGGCUCAGGAGUGACCUAUGACAACGUGGAAAACUACCUUGAUGCUAGUGCAAUGAUAAUUGGCUCUCAUUUCAAGAGGGGAGGAGUUUGGGCAAAUGCUGUUGAUCCAGAAAGCGUUAAAAAGUUUAUGGGGAAGGUGCAUUUGCUUCGAAAAUGAAAUCCACCAAUUUGCUGCUAAAAUAAUUUAAUGCAGAACAAUGACAUUUGGUGGUAAUAAUACAUGUAAUUACUAAAGUUAUGUCUCAUGCUAUUUAAUAAAACACAAAUAAUACCUAAACAAAACAGAUUUAUUUAACAUCUUUUAACAUUUAAAUAUACACCAAAAUACCAAAUAAAUCUGAAUAUAUUUACAAACCGGGCUUGUAGCAGUACAACAAACAUAAGAACACACUGGGAAUAAAUGUAUAAAAACAAAGUGAAUCACUAAGUACAAAACAUACAUUAGUAACAGUGUUUCAUCAUUAUUUGGUAAUCCUUACAUACAUUGUAUUUGUUAUUAAAAAAUAUAGCGAAAGA